UUGAAGUCUUGUCCUUACUCGCUCGAGCAGAACAACAUGGCUUUGAACGGUGUCAGUGGAGUGGUAAAGAAGAGAAAUAUAAAGGAAAAUGGUUUAUUUCCUCCAAGAAACGGGAAGAAGAAUGGUCAUUCGAAGGAAGAGUGUAUUUCCAGCAAAACGGACCAUGCGCAAGAUCACAUCAAUCGUCUGUCGCGGGAGUCGUUUGAAGAAGUACCACUUUACACUGCCGUUAUGACCUACAUAGGAUUUUAUAUGUUAAUAUUUUUGGGAUACUUGAAUGAACUGUUUUUUACACCAAAAGUUGCUAAAGAGAAAAACAGAGAGGGAUAUGUGCCUUUGUAUGAUAAUUUUGAGAAGUUUUACCUUCGUUACGUAUUUAGAAGAGUCAGAGAUUGUUGGAACAUCCCGAUCUGUUCAGUUCCCGGGGCUGAGGUGGUGAUAAAAGAUAGAGUGACUCAUGAUUAUGGUUGGACUUUUGAAUUUACAGGCACGGAGUCCAAGUGUAUCAAUCUAGCAUCGUACAACUACUUAGGAUUUGCCGAGGCCACCGGUGCUUGCGCUGAAUCAACUAAGCUGGCAAUAGAAAAGUAUGGACUCGCCCUAUGCAGCUCUCGUCAAGAAUUAGGCACCAACGAGCAGCACGUGGAGCUGGAGCGACUAACAGCCAGGUUUCUGGGGGUAGAGGAUGCUAUAGUGUUCGGUAUGGGGUUUGCUACAAACUCUCUCAACAUUCCUGCAUUGCUGAGUCCCGGCUGCCUCGUGUUGAGUGAUGAGAAGAACCACGCCAGCCUCAUCCUAGGGCUGCGACUGUCUGGGGCUACCAUCAAGGUCUUCAAACACAACAACAUGGCAAGUCUAGAGAAGCACCUGAGAGACGCCAUUAUCCAUGGUCAGCCAAGAACGAGAAGACCUUGGAAGAAGAUCAUCAUCAUGGUGGAAGGUAUCUUCAGCAUGGAAGGAUCUAUAGUCCAUCUACCAGAGGUUCUCCGGCUCAAAAAGAAGUAUAAGGCGUACCUCUAUCUUGAUGAGGCCCACAGCAUCGGAGCCCUGGGUGACCGGGGUCGUGGAGUGGUUGACUACUUUGGCUGUGACCCGCGCGACGUGGACAUCAUGAUGGGAACCUUUACCAAGUCCUUCGGCUCCGUUGGUGGAUACAUUGCAGGCUCCAAGAAACUGGUGGACUACCUGAGAGUGCACAGCCAUGCUCACUGUUACGCCUCCUCCAUGUCUCCUCCUGUCGCCCAGCAGGUCAUCACCAGCAUGAGGAUAAUCAUGGGAGAGGACGGCACUAGCGAUGGAGUGCGCAGGAUCGCCCAGCUAGCUCGCAAUACAAGGUACGUACGCAGGAGACUGCAUCAGAUGGGACUGAUUGUCUACGGCAACGACAACUCACCAGUCAUACCUGUUCUAGUCUACAUGUUCUCCAAAAUUGGGGCUGUGGUGAGAACCCUGAAACAGAAACAGUUAGCCGUGGUAGGGGUUGGUUUUCCUGCCACUCCGCUCAUGGAAGGGAGAAUACGAAUUUGUCUGUCUGCAGCACAUACCAAAGAACAAUUGGAUAAAGCGUUAUCGUUCCUAGAAGAGGUGGCUGACACUCUUGGGCUGCGGUAUUCACAGAAGCCCCGUUCUCCUCUGCCUGUCGUCUACGGAUCAGAGGAUGAGAUAGAAUAGCCUCCGCCACUCCACUACCCGCUCUUCGAUCAUUCCCACUCGCCAGCCACCUGCAUUUCACUUUUCAAGAGUUUGCUUAGUUUAUAACAGCAAUAAAAUGUAUUUUUUACAGUU